GCUUCCGGCCAGCGCAGGUCUUCCAUGGUUUCUUACGCGUUUCCUUGCUUUCUUGGGACCGUUCCUUUGCCAGCGGGAAUUGCAUAGAAAAGGAAGGAAUAACGCCUGGUCUCUUGACGUUAGAGCUCAGAGUGAGCUCCUCACGGUCAAGGACUGUAUCUUUCCUUAUAGUUUGGGCACCAGACACAUAAUAGAAUUUCAGUAAACGAGUGCCAUCUUCCUGGCUAGAAUGUCAGCUGCUUGAGCGCAGAGUCCUUUUCUGCCGUGAUCACUGUUGUGUCCCAACACACCCAGCCUGGUCCUUCGCAUGUAAUUUACUAAGAGAACGAACUGGAGAACAGAAUCCUUUUUGCUCUGUAGCUGGUACCAAAAGACCCGGGAUCCAGGUAUCAGCAGGCUGAGUUCAGGGCACAUGUCCCACAUGUUUGCGGGAUCUGUGCACCCUUCCGUAGGGCCCAGUGUCCCACUGCGAGACUUCUGCUGCUGGGCCCUCCCUGCAGACACCUCUGUGACUGUCUUCAGCCAUCCACAGCAUGCUCGGCUCUCUGGCCUGUGAGUCCCUUCAGAGCAGGGACUGUGCCUACAGUUACUCAGUAAAUCUCCACUGAGUGAGUGCUGUCCAGAGGGCAUGAACCCUACUGGAGACCCAGAGCACAGAAGAAAGAAAUCAGAUGACGUCGAGUUCCCUCCUGAGCCCACAGGUCCCCAGAGCAUGGGAACCAACCAGGCUCAGGGGAGCGAAGGUGGAGACAGGUGCUUGUGACCUCAGGUAUCUGUCUGACGCUCCUUGGAAGAUCUUGAAAAGUCUCGAGAAUGAAGAAAACCUGGGUCUUCUCUAGCUUAGGAAGAUCAGAGGUUAAAUAAAAUUGCUGCCACUCUCAAAACCCUUGGGAGUGGGGACCAUGGAGACUUUGACCCCGAGGCGUGGGGAAAGAGCUCUGCUUUCUCAGGCCUCAGCCCCUUCCCAACACGGGGAGGACAAGACUGAGUUCCAGGAGCCAUUGACCUUCAAGGACGUGGCUGUGGUCUUCACCGAGGAGGAGCUGGGGCUGCUGGACGCCGCCCAGAGGAAGCUGUACCGAGACGUGAUGCUGGAGAACUUCAAGAACCUGGUCUCAGUGGGGCAACAACCUUGCAAACCUGGUGAGAUGUCCCAUUUGGAACAAGAUAGAGAGACUUGGGUGACAGAGAGAGGAACUCUAAGAGGUGCACAUUCAGGAGACAAUAAUGAAAAGGAUAUGGAGUAUAUUCAAGAAAGAGAAUUAAAGUUCUUUUCAGACAGAGAGCUCUCCUACUGGGAAAUCUGGGAGCAGGGGCCUGGUGAAAUAACUGGGAGUCAAGACCACGGAGUAAAUCUUCAAGGGGAAGACUUCCAGUUUUCAGAAGAUGCUUCUCUCUGUCAGGAUCAGGAAGGGUCAUCUGCCUGGGGUUCACAAAUUGAAAAUUUGGCGAAUAGUCUUCGGAGAGAUGGGCCCAUCCAUUUGGAACAUCAAGAGUUUCCAGCCUGGAAAGCCAUAAGACCAGUCUCCAUUCAAGAAUCUUGGACUAGAGCCUUUGUGGGCAAGCCUUGGAACGUUCUAGAAAGGUGUAAAAAACUUGAUGUGGAAGAUAUAAUUUAUAAAUGUGACUGGGAUGGCUAUGGCCUCAGCUGGAUAUCAGAUUGUCACGAUAACCACAGAUUAGCUGAAAGAGAGAGGUCAUGUAAUUGCUAUAAAUGUAGAAAAGACUUCAUUAAAAAGUCCAUACUUCAUCACCCCAACCCCGGAGGAAAUGGUUUGAAAAGUAGCGAACGUGGAAAUGGCUUUGGGGACAAUUCAAACCACCCCAUUUAUCCAAGAGUGCCAUUGAGAGAGAAACCCUAUAAGUACGAGUUUGGGAAGGGCUGGAAGCAGACCGCCUGUCUCGAGAGACAGCAAAGAAUUUUCACAGGAGAGAAAUCUUUUAAAAAUAGUGAACGCGGUCGGGGCUUUGGGCCCAAGACGCAGCCUCACAGCCGUCCCGGGGUCCACACUGGAGAGCUGCCCUUCCAAUGCGAUGUGUGUGGGAAGGGGUUCAGGUACAAGUCAGUUCUUCUUAUUCACCAGGGAGUGCACACGGGAAAGAAACCCUAUAAAUGCGAGGCAUGUGGGAAGGCCUUCGGUCGAAGCUCAAACUUGCUUGUCCACCAGCGAGUCCAUACUGGAGAGAAGCCAUAUAAGUGCAGCGCGUGUGGGAAAGGCUUCAGCUACAGCUCGGUGCUUCAGGUCCAUCAGAGGCUGCACACAGGCGAGAAGCCCUACACGUGCAACGAGUGUGGCAAAGGCUUCUACGCCAAGUCUGCGCUGCACAAGCAUCGGCACGUCCACCCGGGAGAGAAACCCUACAGCUGUGCCGACUGCGGAAAGGGGUUCAUCUGUCGCUCCCAUCUCAGCAGUCAUCAGAAGAUGCACACGGGGGAGAAACCCUACCAGUGUGAUAGAUGUGACAAAGGUUUCAGUCACAACUCAUACCUUCAGGCUCACCAGAGGGUUCACACAGGGCAGCGCCUCUAUGAAUGUGACGUGUGUGGGAAGGGUUUCAGUUACAGCUCGGGGCUCCUCAUGCAUCAGAGGCUGCACACGGGAGAGAAACCCUACAAAUGCGAGUGUGGGAAGGGCUUCGGCCGCAGCUCAGACCUCCAUGUCCACCAGAGGGUCCACACAGGAGAGAAACCCUAUAAGUGUGUGGAGUGUGGGAAGGGCUUCCGGCGGAAUUCGGACCUGCAUAGUCACCAGAGAGUCCACACGGGAGAGAGGCCCUACGUAUGUGACGUGUGUGGGAAAGGCUUUAUUUACAGCUCUGACCUCCUCAUCCAUCAGAGGGUCCACACGGGAGAGAAGCCCUAUAAGUGUGCUGAGUGUGGCAAAGGCUUCAGCUACAGCUCGGGGCUUCUCAUUCACCAGAGGGUCCACACAGGUGAGAAGCCGUAUAAGUGCAAGGAGUGUGGAAAGGGCUUCCGAUGCACCUCAAGUCUUCACAAACAUCAGCGAGUCCACACAGGAAAGAAGCCGUACACGUGCGAGCAGUGUGGCAGAGGAUUUAGUUAUGGCUCGAAUCUUCGCACCCACCAGAGACUGCACACGGGAGAGAAACCCUACACGUGCUAUGAGUGUGGAAAGGGCUUCAGAUACGGCUCAGGUCUCCUCAGUCAUAAGAGAGUGCACACUGGAGAGAAACCAUAUCGAUGUGACGUGUGUGGGAAGGGCUACAGUCAGAGCUCACAUCUUCAAGGCCACCAGAGAGUCCACACUGGUGAAAAGCCCUAUAAAUGUGAGGAGUGUGGCAAAGGCUUUGGUCGCAGCUCCUGUCUUCAUGUCCAUCAGAGAGUCCACACCGGGGAGAAGCCCUAUAAGUGUGAGGAGUGUGGGAAAGGCUUCAGCUACAGCUCAGGUCUGCGAAACCACCAGAGAGGACAUUUAAGGGAGAAACCUUGUAAGGAGGGGUGAAUCGAGGUUUCCGUUUAGAACUCAGAACUUUAUAUUCGUCUGAGAGCACAC